ACGGCAGACAUCGCCUUGGCCGCCACGACGCACACUGUCGAGGGGGAGCGCUCCGCACCGCUCCGCACCACGGCGUCGACCUGCUUCGCCUGCAUCGCCUGCACGCGCCGUCCUCGUCCUCCACGCGUCGGUUUGAUUAGGGCGGAGCUUUGUGUCGCGGUGGACGUGCGUGGACGAGGUGGACGAGCGGCGCGGCAUGGCGCCCAAGGCGGGGACCUCGUGGACGUGGCCCGACGUGCUGGACGGCCUCAAGACUGCGGAGAGUCUGUUCCUGCAGAUGGGCGAGUUCGUCCUGCGCUUCGAGAGCGAGGAGUUCGGCGACGAGUACGAGGAGCGCGCGCGGCUGGAGCUGCGAGAGACGCCCGAGCAGAAGAAGGAGGCCGUCGCCAAGCUGCGGGAGCUGCUCAAAGCCGACCCCGAGCUGGACGUACCCUACGAGGAGGAGAACUUCCUGCUCACCUUCCUGAGGCCCACCCACUUCUACCCGGAGAGCGCUUACACGCGGAUGCAGAACUUCUUCCGCUUCAAGGUGAAGUACCCCAAGUACUGCUCGGGCCUGAUCCCGAGUCGCGAGCGGAACGUGUUCGAGCAGGGCAUCCUGACGGUGUUCCCGACCAGGGACCACCUGGGCCGCAGGGUGCUGCUCAUCGAGGCCGGAAAGAAGUGGAAGCCCAAGCAGUGCACGCUGGAUGAGAUCUUCAAGGGCGUGAUGGUGGUGCUCGAGGCGGCCAUCUCGGAGCCGCGGACGCAGGUCUCCGGCGUGCAGGUCAUCCUGGACAUGGACGGCCUCUCCCUGUCGCACGUGUGGCAGUUCACGCCCGGCUUCGCCAAGGCCGUGGUCGACUGGGUCCAGGAUUGCAUCCCCGUCCGGUUGAAGGGGGUACACAUUGUAAACCAACCCUACGUGUUUAACAUGGUGUUCGCCAUUUUCAAGCCUCUGCUUAAUGCUAAACUGCGGAAUAGGAUCCACUUCCAUGGCACUGACAGACAGUCUCUGCUAAACCAUGUAGAUGCAAAAUGCUUGACCACAGCUUACGGUGGUGGAGUUGCCAUUCCGGACUUCCCAGGGGGAAAACUCUGUGACCUCCUGUCCAACUACGACUCCCAUUACGAACUGCGUGCUCAAAACGGUUACACUACAAAAAAGUAGACGAGUCUGUUCAAAUGGUGUGGAUAUGUUACGAGAGCUCAACCAUAACUGGUAAAAUCCCAUUCCCUGUAAGAUAUUCUGGCAUCAAAGGCUACUAGAAACACCGAUCAUGCUCUCUAAAUGAUUUGUACAGGUUGGUUUAGUAGGCUUCAGGCACAAUGUGCCAAAUGUUUUGAAUUUGGUUCAAUCCAUGUAUUUGUAGAAUAUAUUUUAAUUAUAAAAUCAUUAUAAUUUAAUAUUGAGUGUACUCGAUGAUUUGUUUUAUAUUAUUCUGUUGGGACAUGUGUCAAGUCCAACAAGAUUUUAAAUAUGUGGCUGUGAUUGAGAACAAAUAAGUGUGGACUAGGGGAGGUAGCCUCACUGCAAGUGCUUGAUUUUGCUUGAUCAUUCAGCAAGAUGGGGAAAGUAUUUAGAGUUUCAAAGUAUGUAAACUUUUCUCUGCAGUUUUGAUUAAUGUAAUGCACUUGCUAUCAGUGGUUAUAUUAUUUUUAUAAGAAUUUAUUUUUGUUUAUGUCUACAAUCUCUUUUGUGCUUCCUUAUUCUCCUAAAUCGGAAGAGACUUCAUGUGUACCAUGAAAGCAAAAGCAACACUGUAUUUUACAAGAAUAAAUUUUAUCUGUAUCUGAUGACUUUUA